AUGGAAGGAAUGGACUCCUCGCAAGCCAGUACAGAUGAAGGCUCCACUUCAUCCAGAAAGCCCACUGAAGGGUUGAUAGCUGACUCAGGGAGGAGCAAGGGUAGUCUGACAUCGUUGGACAGGCUCCUGGAUUCCCCGACUGCAUCCAUGGCGUUGCGUGCGGAAGAAGGUCAGUUCGAACCAGUUACUCCACCGACACCGAGGAACCCCUUGGCAGCUCUUGCUGUUUACGUCGACAUUAACUUUCCGUCGGCCAUCCAGAUGCUACGAACAGCUGCAUCAGCAGCAGUUGAGGAGGUAACAGCCACUUUAUCUUUCCGCAGUAGCGGGCGACUCAGCAUUACAAAAAGGCUUCAUCAGAGAAUUGAAGAGCUAUGGAUCCGCCCAUGUAGGCAGUUGAAUGAAGCGAACUUCGAUAAUAUCCGUCUGCUGAUUGGCAGCUUACAACAACAGCAUCACCGUUGUGGACUUGCCACACCCACAACGGCGAGCUCCAGCACUGAAGCGCAGACCGUCGACCACAAUUUCGAGGAUGUAGCACAUCGCUGUAUGGAUACUGAAGACACCAGUGGGUUAUGCGGCUCCUCAGCUAGUCUGAAUAACUGCGUCUCUUCAGAUGGAGAACCCUUUCGUGCCGACUCUCCGCCCGCAAUGUGGCGGCCUCUGCGCAGAGAUGAUGGAACAUUCAUAGCACCUCCAGUGGAGCUCUUGGCUGCUUUUGCGGAUGCCAAAAUCAUGAAAAUGCCACACCUUAAACAACGUUAUUUCACUUAUGGAGGCCAAGAUAUCUGGCCGUCUCCACAGAAGGCCACCCCCCACAGCACCAAGGGGUGCGUUGUGGGUCUGUGCGUGCGCAGCUUACUUGACCUGUACAUUCAGGCCAUUCGCUCGCUGCAACCAUCACUGUUGCCAAAUCGUUCUGUCGUACUCGUUACAGCUGUUAACGUGCCGAUGAUGUUCAGGGUGUUAGAGGAGCACCACCUGAUCGUACAACCGCUGGAUCUCGAUCCCCACACGUUGAUGCCAACCAAACAAAGUUUGCAGCAGGCAGUGCAAUGUUGGGGAUCUAGGGUUAAAGCAAUCCUCUGCUCUCAUCUGUACGGGGGCCUCUGCGACUUACAACCUCUGGUGGACUUCAGCGCAAAACACAAACUUUUGCUUAUAGAGGAUUGCGCGGAAUCAUUCGUGGGAGAGCUGUACAGAGGCCAUCCUUCGGCGGAUGUCAGCCUUUUCUCUUUUGGGUUGAUCAAGACAUGUACUGCCGCUGGUGGAGGCAUUGCAACUGUGCACAGCCGGUUUGUUACUGCUCGCAUGCGCUCCUUGCAAGCGUUGUACCCAUAUAGCAGCCGUCGGACAUACUUCAAAAAGCUUUUCGUGACUUUAGGAGCAUGCGGCUUGCAAAGCGAAACUGUUAUGAAGGGGCUCUUGAGAUUUUGCCACUUUCUAGGCUGGAAUCCUGGAACAUUCCUGCAGUCGUUUGUGCGGGGCUUUCCAUCCACGGGAGAGCUCUUUAAGCUUCUCCGGUUCCAGCCAAGCUCUUCACUUCUUGCAGUGCUCAUGACGAGACUUGAUUCGUGGAAUUUGGAAGAGUUCAUGGAGCAGCAGUUACAUGGAUUGACUACUUCAGAGUUUCAGGCUGUCCUUCGGGAAAACGGACUGUUCGCAGCUAGCGACGCUACUACUCUUGUUUGUUGCACUGCAUCGCCAAGCAGUGCACGAUAUAUGGGAUAUCCAAAAACAGCUGCUGAUGUAAUGCGCCGCAUUGUUUACUUGCCCGUAAACCGCAACUCAACACAGCAGCAGCUUUUACAAGUUGAAGCAGCAGUGGCGAGGGCUUGUGGACUUGAACCGAAGGUUCACGUGCGUUUUAGUCAGGAGUGGAUCUGUGAUGGUUUGGACAAGCCAAUAUGCGGCAUACAAAUACGCGCAGAGUCGAGGAGUCAGCAUUAA